GAUUUCAAAAGAAAAAGUGUUGGAUUAUGUUCGACGUAUUUGUCCAUUAAUAUUUUUCCUACCUUUGUGCAAUUGCUAUUUUUUUAAGAAGUACAGAAAGAGAAUUAUACGAGGAAUGGACGACGGGACCUGUUGUAAUGUAAUAAAUGCUUUGAUGGGUUAAUCCAUUAAUGAUGAAAUAACUUCCCUAACGUUCUCAGAAGAUUGUUAAAAGGCGAGGCAAACUCUCGAAGGAGGAUCGAUCUUAUCCAAAAAGUGUCCGGCCGCGUAUAGUUUAUUAGGAGGAGUUUGUGUCUUAGCCGCUGCGCCCUCCCUCGCCACCUUCAGUAUCAUCAUCAUUCCCGCAUCUUCCCGCAGCUCCAGCGAUAAUCUGUGGGGAAAGCUGGUCGGUUCAACAUGGAUCUGCUGAAGUUCAUGCUUUUUGUAGGGAUCUCUGUCUGCACAGUGAAAGUUUCUCAACAAGGUCCAUCUCAGCGCAAAUUGUACAGUAAUCUGAUGACCGGGUACAACCCGCUGGAGAGACCGGUUUUCAACGACUCUCAGAGCCUCACGGUUUACUUUGGCCUCAGCCUCAUGCAGAUCAUGGAUGUGGAUGAGAAGAACCAGGUUCUAACAACCAACAUUUGGCUUCAGCUGUACUGGAAUGACUAUUACCUCCAGUGGAACCCAUUGGACUACCCGGGCGUGACCAACGUGAGAUUUCCCGACCAUCUCAUUUGGAAACCAGACAUCCUGCUUUACAACAGUGCAGAUGAAAGGUUUGAUGCAACAUUUCACACCAACAUUUUGGUCAACUCCUCAGGCGCUUGUUCGUAUCUUCCUCCAGGCAUCUUCAAGAGCACCUGCUACAUCGAUGUCCGUUGGUUCCCCUUUGACGUCCAGAGGUGUGAUCUGAAGUUUGGCUCCUGGACGUACGGAGGCUGGUCCCUGGAUCUGAAGAUGGUGGAGGCAGACGUCACUGGCUACAUCGCCAAUGGAGAGUGGGAUCUUGUUGAGGUACCAGGUCGAAGGAACGAGCGUUUUUACGAAUGCUGCGACGAGCCCUACCCUGACAUCACCUUCACGGUGGUGAUGAGAAGACGGACGCUCUACUACGGCCUCAACCUGCUCAUCCCGUGCGUCCUGAUCUCCACCCUCGCUCUGCUCGUCUUCCUCCUGCCGGCCGACUCUGGGGAAAAGAUCUCACUGGGCAUUACAGUUCUGCUCUCCCUGACGGUCUUUAUGCUGCUAGUUGCAGAGAUUAUGCCUGCCACAUCAGACUCAGUGCCUUUAAUAGCUGAAUACUUUGCCACAACCAUGGUCAUUGUUGGUCUGUCUGUGAUUGCAACUGUUUUGGUCCUGCAAUAUCACCACCAUGAUCCUGAUGGAGGAAAGAUGCCAAAAUGGACCCGUGUGAUCCUGUUGAACUGGUGUGCCUGGUUCCUGCGCAUGAAGCGACCCGGUGAAGACAGAGUGCGCUCAGCCUGCCACAACAAGACCCGACGGAGCAGCCUGACCAGCAUGGACCUCAACGCCAGCAGCUCUGUCUCCCAGUCCACCAACGGCCACAUGCUCUACGUCGGCGUCCGCGGCCUGGAGAGCAUCCACUGCUCCACAGCCGCCACCUCUCCCGAUUCCGGGGUCCUCUGCGGGCGGCUGAUCGGACGAGCCGGCGAGGACGAGUUGCUCCUGCCGUCAAGUCAGAGCCCCAGCAUGGGGUACAUGGAGCUGGAGCUGGCCAAGAUCCUGGACGAGGUGCGGUACAUCGCCAAAAGGUUUCGUGACCAGGACGAGGACGAGACCGUGUGCAACGAGUGGAAGUUUGCCGCGUCUGUCAUCGACAGGCUUUGCCUCAUGGCUUUCUCUCUCUUCACCAUCCUCUGCACCAUCGGGAUCCUCAUGUCGGCACCCAAUUUUGUAGAAGCCAUUUCCAAAGACUUUUUUACAUGAGGAGAUUGAAGUAAAAUUUGAUGGUAAAAAAAAAAUCUGGCACCCUGCUAAUGAAAUGAUGUAUAAAUUCACAGGGCAGUAAUCUGGAUACAGCAAUUUCUUCUGUUUACAAAUGCG